AACAAGUCUAUCGCUUAUCGAUAGUCAGAACGCCGCUAAUUAAAAGCAGAAAAGAGUGUCAUUUACGCAAUUGCAGUACAACUGGUUUAGCAAUAUUUUUAAUAAAGCUAAUUUGUGAGGCAACUGGACCUUUUACCGAGGGUUAACAGCGGCUUAGAGCCACUCAAACAAUUCGCGCCCGCCGAACAUAUACACAAAGCGCGCACAGGGUUGCAUCUGGCGCCGUCGUCACACACCAACAUUAACAUACACAAGUACACAAAUACGCAAGAGAAAGUACCGAGCCAUUUUGAAAAAAUACAAUUCCGCCAUAUUUACCGGCAAAAUUCAAAAUAUUUACACUGCCGGUGGUCACCAGAGUGGCGUCCACCGUAAAGUGCAUCAAUCAGGUGCCGGGCCAGCAGCGUGGCGGGGCGGAGCGAACGGAGCGCAUCAGCCAGUCGCCGUCUGCCGCCACAAAGCAGCACAAUAAGCGAUAGGCGGAGGAGAAGAGGCAAGCAAGCUGUGAGUUGUUAGCGAAGGUGGGACAGGACAGGAAAGGCCAAAAGCGAGCACGCAGUUGCGCGGCGGUGGCUACCACUCGUACACUCACACAGACACGCGCAUACACCAAGCAGCGCGCCGCACACAUACGCACAAGGAAAAAACACACACAGACAGGCGGAUAGAAGGGAACGCGCAGAGCAGCAACAGCCAGAAUCCAUAACCGCGAUGACAAGUCAUCACCACGGCGUCGGCAGCUUCCAGCCGCAGCUGCAACACCACCAGCACCAUCAGCAUCAGCACCAGCUACGCGCCCCGGUUGUUAAGAACCUCUCGCUGGCUGCAGCCGCCGAGCCAUUGCAUUUGGGCUCUGCCUCCGCUUAUUUCACGCAUGUGCUGCCGCCACCAACGGCGCCCACCAUUGGGACGGAGCAGGACCCGUACACUAGUGUCUUAGAGGGAUCCGAUCACAUGGGUGCGGAGAACGAGAGCUUCUUGAUCGAGGAGAUAAUCGAUGAUUAUGACGACGAGGCGAACAUUGUGGUAGACACCGGUGAGUUCUUUAUCGCUGGUGAUGUCUACGAGUACUACCCGGUGGAUCGGCUGGACAGGCUCACCUCGGUGGCCACGGCGGAUGCACUGCCACCGCCCAUCAUUAUGCAGCAGACAAGCGACGACGAAGAAUUUAUUGAGGAGGACGGCAUGCAGAUGUCCUCCUCCUGUGACGGCGAAGGCGAUAUAGAGGAUGAGGAGCCCGAUACUGAUGCCGUGCCAGCGAUGACGAAUGCGUUUGAGAUCGCAUCCGAGAUGCUAACCACCAUCGAGGCAACGAACAUCAAGGAGGAACAGCUGGAGAACGAGUUCUACAUGAAGGCCGGCGAGGAUUCGAAUAGCUCUAAUAACCAGCUACAGGACUUUAAGCUGUUCGGCACCAGUCGCGUGGAAUCGCGGCAAAUGGGCGUCAAUUCGGCCACUAAGCGAUGGAAGCAAACAAAAGUUCCCAUACGGAUUACCCAGGACGAGUUUAAUGUCACAUUGUGGUCCUCUUUAAACUCUGAAGACGAAGACGAGGAGGAGGAACUGGAUGAGCCCCCCGGUUCCACUGUGGGUACACGAACAACCUCUGCAUCUGCAUCCAACGUCGCGCGGAACGACGAAAACGGUUCCCCCGGCAUGCCAAAGCUGAUCAUCGAUGAACAUAUGAUCAACCACGAUGUGCUGAGCGACGGGAUUGGUAACGAGUACGUCAUCCUGCCUGAUCCCUUUAGCACCUCUUCGGUAACAGACGUUGAAGAGGUGGUCAAUGCAUUUAUGGACGAUGUCAAGGGCGAGGAGGACAGCCAGCCUCUAAGCGAGCAGUUCAUUUAUGCGGACAACGAUCUGGACGAGGUGUACGGCAACAUUGAGCUCAUCGAGAAUAUGCCGAACAACGUGGAGUUAAUGCAGACACCGUCAGGUCCAGCAGCGGCUUCGGGCCACCUGUCUGCUUCCGGCGUGACCAAAAUCAAUGGAUGUGUGGCGACUCCCCAGGCAUCUCUACCAAAAUUGGUGCUCCAGAACAGCAGCACCAAUGUCCGACUGAAAAGCGCCGGCAGUCAGUCAAAGGUGACCAAGAGGCAACUCAGUACAGCGUUGCCGGUGGCUACGCCAACGCCACCGCCUCCCCUUGUAGCGGCCAGCAUUCUAACCCGGCCGAGACCUACUAAUGUGACCAAAACACCAGCAGCACAAGGAGUAACGGGGACAGCAAACCAGACAACUGCGGGAGCAGCCGGUGCCGCCGGCGAGGAGGAUGAGGAGCCCAAGUUCCGUUGCUCGCAUCGGGGAUGCAACAAAGAGUUCCGCAACCAUUCGGCCAUGCGCAAGCACAUGCAUACGCACGGCCCUCGCGGCCAUGUGUGCAACGUGUGCGGCAAAAGCUUCGUGGAGAGCUCGAAGCUGAAGCGCCACCAGCUGGUGCACACUGGCGAGAAGCCCUUCGAGUGCACUUUCGAGGGCUGUGGCAAGCGGUUCUCCCUGGACUUCAAUCUGCGCACCCACGUUCGGAUACACACCGGUGAUCGGCCCUACCACUGUCCCAUUGACGGCUGCUCCAAAUGCUUUGCCCAGUCGACGAACCUUAAGUCGCACAUGCUGACGCACACGAAGCCGAAACGGAAGUGGCCGAGGACGCCACAGGUCAGCAACAACAACAAUAACAACAGCAACAAUAAGGCACCCCUGGUGGCCAGGUAUGGUCGCCUAGAAUUUGGAGAGGAUCCUCGCCUGGUAUACGUCGAUCAGAACGGGGUGAUGCUUCUGGACGAGGCGUCACCCACAUCCUAACUAGCAGUGCGCAUCAAUGUCUUUCUGGCCCUGGUCCUGGCCUGAGAGGACACUGAGAUGCAGCGAGUUUUAAAGCUGAUUGCGAGAAAUUGUACAGUUAGUUGUAGCCAGUUUUUAUCUCUAUCUGUAAACCUAUCGAGCGGAUGAUCUGCAGCGCGCGCGCAUUUCUCACCUGGUGAAGACAUCCGCCGCCUGUCGCCGCCACCCUCUUAAGUAACUAGUACUAAGCUCCUCUUCUCUAACAAAUCGGCUUGCAGUGCAACGGAACCUAGAUUAUAGCCAUCAUAAUAUAUGUUUCCUUCGUGGAUGGAUAGUGGUCAACGAAAGGAUAAACACCUUAGUAUGUAGUGUAGGCUUAAGUAAACCUCACCCCCCCCCCCAUUUUAAUCCCGAAUCAAUCAGCGUACCCGAAGAACCCAGCCAGACUGCCCCAUAAAAACAAUAAUAACCAAUAACCACAAUCCAAUCUGAACCGUGUGCGGUCUUCGCUCGAAUAACAAAACGCGCGCACGCUCUUUUCUACGAGAAAGCAACAAACAACAAAUAAGAAACUAGAUUCUAACAAUAUUCAGUAACACACACCAUAGGCUAUCUAUAUAUAUAUUUUUGUAAUGAAUUGUAACACUUAGAGAGCAUUGAAGUACAGAGUUUAAGUACGGAUUUACCAUAGAAGAAACAUGAGCAAACAAUUCACAAAUGGAAGGAAGCACUUCAGUUAUGUCGGAAUUAAACAAGGGAAUACCUCUUCAAAAUUAAACGAAAAUAAAACAAGGAAAAACAA